CUUAUUUAUAUCUCACUCUGUGUUUUUCAUUCCUCACCCUCAAAAGUCCAAACUCCGAAGAAAGAUUGAUAUAGCUAGAUCUACUAUACAGCAAGAAAAAAGAGGAAAGACAUCAAGAUGCCGACGGUAGCUUCAACUAGAUGGUGUCCCACCCCAGAACAGCUGAUGAUACUGGAGGAGCUCUACAGAGGAGGGAUUAGAACUCCUAACUCAACCCAGAUACAACAGAUAACCACCCACCUCUCUCUCUACGGCAAGAUUGAAGGCAAGAAUGUCUUCUACUGGUUUCAGAACCACAAAGCCAGAGACCGUCAGAAGCUCCGUAGGAAACUCCUUAGACAGCAACAACAACAGCUGCAGCAGCACCACCAUCACCAAACCCACAAUCGUGACUCUCCUCCUCCUCCUCCUUCUUCUUCUUCUUCUUCUUCUUCUUCUUCUUCUGCUCUGCUGCUGCGGCGCUUCAAUAUCUUCCACUCUAUAACCAAGCCCACUUUCUUCCUCAGGGAAGAGAGUCAUCAAACCAAGAGAUGAUGACUGGUUACGGGUGGAAGACGAUGGACAGUUCAUUGGGGUUGGAAAUGGAAAUGCCACACACCAUGUGCAGCAGCCAUGAUUGGAUAAUGAUGAUGAAGAUGAAGAUGAACGAUGCCGAUCCUUGCUGCGACAAGCCUCCCAAGACCCUGCAACUCUUCCCUAUUACAACCAAUGCCCUCAAAGACGAGUGCAUCACAUCUCACCAACAUUUCCCUCCUGCUCAACCUCCACCACCACCACCACCACCAAGGAACCAAACUAAACCCUAGGCCUGCAUGAAUGUAUCAGUGCAUGGUUCUCUUUAGAGUCUAGUCUUAUGAAUCUAUCAAUUUCUAAGUUUAUUAUUGUCUCGGUUUCUGUAAUGUCAUAUAUGACGUCGUAGAUAUAAAGAAAGAAUUAACGAGUCACAAGACUCACGACA